AUGCAGCUUGUAGAUCAAGACGCCGAACGAGACGCGGCAAGGCACUCUGGACAAGUCGCGGGAUGGCUCUACCACACAGAUUCUCGAAAUGAGCCUCACAGGAGCCAAGAAAUUCCGCUGCGCGACAGAGCUAUACUGAAGAUAGGGCGAGACCAGCGCGCAAAUUCAUUUUCAAUUGGUCAAGAUGCGGAAAACUACGUUUCGAGAAAGCACUGUGAAGUCUACGUCAUCCUCUACGAGCUCGGUAUAAGCCAUGUCUACGUUCGAGAUCGCAAAUCUUGCAACGGCACCUACGUAAAUGGUCUUUGUAUCGGCGAUUCGGAUAAAAUGACGUCGGGAUAUCUGUUGGCCGACGGCGAUGUCAUUGAGAUCCGACCAUACUGGCAGUUCCUCUUCAAACAGGAAUCGCUGACGCCAGAAGAGUCUCUCAACAACCUUCAGACACAGGAAGCACAGCUCUUUGAGGAAAACUACUCGAUUCUACCUCGUAUCCUAGGCGCCGGAAGCCAAGGGUCAGUGCAUCUCGCCGUAAACACGACAUCCAAGAAGCAAUUGGUGUGCAAGAUUGUCAAUAUGAGACAAACAGGAAUUCGCGGGCAGCAAGUGUCGCCUCAAAAACUGCUGCAAGAAUCCGAGGUUCUCCGCCAGCUUAAACAUCCCAAUAUCCUGACCUACGUCGAUGCCGUCUGGUCUCCACAUACCCUAUAUAUGUUUUUGGAAUUGGCCUCUGGGGGUGACUUAUUAUCAUAUAUCAAUCAACAUGAUUCUAUUCCGGAAUUCGACACGCGCAUUAUCGUGAGACAAAUAACUCGAGCCCUGCACUGGCUACACAAGCGCAACAUUGUACACCGAGAUCUCAAGCCAGAGAAUGUGCUUCUCGCAUGCUCCCCUAGAAUCGCGUACCAACGAGUCAUGCUAUCCGAUUUUGGCUCUUGCGCGCUGCCCAUCAGCAACAAACUCAAGACCAAUGUGGGAACGCAAAACUUUCAAGCACCCGAGGUCUCGAGAGGCGAGAGGCAGACCACCGCUGCUGAUAUCUGGUCGCUUGGUGUCAUUUCCAUGCUGCUGGCUUCUGGCUGCGGCCUUGAUGGCAUCGAUGGCUUGGCGCAGUUGGACCAGGACUCUCUUCGAACUGUGCUGCACGACCGGCUCGCCUCCUCCGGGGAAAGGGAACCGUCCCCCAACGCCAAGAGCUUCAUCCUGAGCUGCAUGAAGAUCAAAGCCAGCCAUCGCAUCACAUCUGCGGGCGCGGACUGCCACGACUGGUUUCACACACCGACCAGCCACCUCGAGUUCUUCCAGAAGCUAGAUGCUAGGACGGCCGCCCUGUAG